UCCACGCUACGGUAUGGAUGUAGGAUCGCUGCUACUAUUGCUGGUGUUGAGCACGGCCGUGGGGGUCAAGGUGUACAUGUUUAAAGAACAGCUACAGUGUAGGGACACCGUGUCAGACUACCGACGUCUUCAUGUUUGGAAAGGCCUGGAAAUAUUACAUUGUUUGAGAACAUGCUUAGAUGGUCAGUUCUGUUUGUCUGCGUACUUUGAACGUGAGAAUGUGACGUGUAUUACGAAUGGAUUUGCACUUCCUGAUGGAGAAAGCACUGAUGACACGACGUAUGCCCCUGGAUUCAGUCUAUUCACGCUGACAGGCAAAGUGGUCAACUACCCAUCCACAUGUUCUGAAGUUAAGGAUCAGCUGAACGUGACCUCCGACGGGGAGUAUUGGCUGUACCCUAGGUCCUCCACCAUGUACAACAACAGAGCCAGAGUCUACUGCCGCGGCAUGAACACCACCACCCCGACCGAGUACGUGUCCCUAGCCACUGUCAAUGUCGGUGUAUACCCACGCAAACAGAACCGAUGGUGCAGAGGGGAAAGCAAUAGUGUUACAGGAGCAGGGAGACCUGGAAUAACACGAUUCUACAAAAUCCGCAUACGGCCAGAGACAAUGACAGUGGUUCUAGACGACUUCACCUUCGCAACUUGGGAAGAAAACCGUCAUGGUUACGCAGAAGCCAUGGAUUGCUACAACAACUACUACGGUUCAGCUCCUUGUGGGCCCGUCGGGACGUUCAGAGUGGAUACGCGAGGGACUGGCCUGGUCGUCGACCUCAAUGCAAAAUGGAAAGGGUUCGACUGGCGUCCAUACACCAGUGUGACACGCUCGGAAGGGGGCGCUGUGAUCGACCUACUGUGUGGAGGAUGGUGUGGAGGCUGUGUACCGGCCCAGGGUCUCCGUCUCUACUACAACCACAACGACCUGCUUGUUGACGGAAACGUUGUACCAACGGAAUUUGGCAUUUACUGAAGAUCGGCCGAAAUAUUGAAGCAGAAUGUCAUGAAUAUCAUGGAUAACAACUUUUUAUUGUCUCACCUGAUGAACGGACACGAAGUAUCCCUGAAAUGUUCUGUAUAUACAAAACAAGUUUUACAAAAUGUUCCUUGUCAUAUUUGUAGAAACCCAGAAAUCGGAUCGUCCAGAACUAAAUUGUGAAAUCAGUAAAUAACAACACACGAACAAUGAAUAAUUAACAAAUUAUAUUGACACACGCAGGAUUUGGUUUACAAUCGAAAAGUUUCAAUAUUGCAGCAGCAGCAACAAUAUCAGGCCUAUGACACACGUCAGUUGAGUCUCGAAUGUCGAGAAAGUGUCACAUCUGAAAGUCUUGAAUGAGGCACAUGCUCUAUCCUUAAAUCCAGGAAACAUUUUCGAUGGAAGGCUGAAAGGUUGCUUGAGAAGCAGAUAAGUCGCAGGAUAUCGUUGAAGGCCUCGAAUAUUACAUACACGAAGGCAAUGUCCGCUUUCUAGAAACUCUAAACUAAACUCUAAGCGAGAGCAAUGUAGUCUAACCCAGUGUCAAUAUACAAAGGCGGACAACUCUCAAAUGGUGUGGUUGUCGCAUACCGUCAAUAAAACAAUCUAGUGGACUCUUUACUGCAUUUGACACUUUCUCUCUGAGCAAUAUUCCAGCUAUAUGAUGACAGUCCGUAAAUAAUCGAUUCUGGACCAGACAGUUCAGUGAUUGAUGUCGAUUGGGAUACGGUGCCAUGCAUCAACCAACUCAGCCAGCUUGACUACGCGAUCCCGUUAGUCGCCCCUUAACAACAAGUAUAGUCGCCUCGUAUGGCAAGUAUGGGUUGCUGAAGACCUAUUCUAACUCGGAUCUUCACGGGGUGACAAUCACAUUAGCACAAUAUACUUGACAUAUAACUUUAAAGAGUCAAUCGAUAUUCAUGGUCCAAAAAGGUGAGGUGAGGUGAGGUAAAAUUGGGUUUAACGUCGCGUCCAAGAUUAUUGCACUGAUAUAGCGACGUGCAUGCAUGUGUGUGUGUGUGUGUGUGUGUGUGUGUGU